CUAUAAGACCAUUCCUCGGUUUCUGAAAAAAAGCACAGUGCAGAGAGUUCUCCGGACCUUUGCACCUGCAUCUGCAACCAUGAAGGUGGCAAGUAUCUUUCUUAGUGCCUUGGUCCUACUCACUUUAGCAGGUAACACUACAGCUAACUUAGUGGGAAAACAGGCCAAUUGCAAUGGUGCAACUAUGGGAUGUCCCAGGAAUUAUGACCCUGUGUGUGGGGCGGAUGGAAUUACUUAUGCCAAUGAAUGCAGUCUGUGCUUUGAAAACAGGGAGGAGGAAAACCCCACAGCACCCUUGAGACUUGUGAAAUCUCCAAGUAUAAGCUCUGAAGUCUAAAGGCCUCUAUUUAGAGCGAAGCCUUCGGAAAAUAUGAGCGAAAUGCUGAACAUGCUCUCCUUUGACCUUUAAAUCUACGGAUUGCAAUUUGUUCUUUGUAUUCUUUCAAUUACGUGUAAAUGCAAGAGGCACAGCCAGCUCCCCAAAAGCACAACGUU